CCCGUCGCUCCUCAUUUUACGUCUGCGAGUUAUUAUGUCUAAUCAACCUACCAGGCGACUACAUUAUGGAUGAAGGAGGAUCAAUGGCAGUCGAUUCUAUAAAAAAUAAGCUGGGCGCCGACGCUUUCAAUACACUACCCAUUUCAUCCAAUCCCUUUUGGGAGCAAUGGUGUUCAAUGGACCAGCGAGUCCUUCCACAGUCGGCAGAACGAGGCGCUUUAGCGAGCGUUUACAGGCAGAGUGAAUUCUUAUUCAAUAAUUGCAUGCCUACCUCUAAAAUCAGCCCUCUGGAUCACUGGAAUGAUCCAUACCCUGCCACCACUGUUACGGCUACACCCUCGGUUUCUCAGACGCCAUUUCCCAAAACACUCCACCAGUUAGGCAUCCCGUCUCCGCCCUUAACGGCGAAAAAGGAAGAGCAUCAAAAGCGGAAGCGUUGCUUAGAUAAAAAUUCGACUCGCAAAUCUUUGAGACGAGAUUCCUCUCGAGACAGCAAAGCCAAUACAGCAACGGGAUGA